AUGGCCGGCGGCAUCGCCGCGGGCAUCGUGGCCAUCCUGGUGUCGCACAACCUGUCCCGGGCAGCGCUGCACUGGGCCCUGCUGAGCGUGUCCCUGUUGAACUGCCUCCUGUCCACAGCCUGCAGUGUGGGCCUGGCCCUGGCCAUCGCCCUCACCGUUCACAGCCGGGGCAUGCACCUUGUCAGGGGCUGUGACAGCUCCGCACUGCCGGCUGAUGCCCGGGCAGCCAUCGCGACCAACGACUGUCCUUUCAACACCACACGCAUCUAUGACACAGCCCUGGCGCUCUGGAUCCCCUCCAUGCUGCUGGCUGCUGCAGAAGCUGUGAUGUCGGGCAGGUGCUGCUUGGUGGCCCUGAUCUUCCGGGGCAUUGGGCCCUGUGCACGCUAUGGCAAUGAGCAGAUGGCCGGGCCAAGUGUGGUGAAGGCGGGGCCGCCACGUGAGAUGCAGCAGCUCCUGGCCGAGACUUGUGCCUAGAGCUGGAGAGGUGGUGCUGCCAUCAGCCAGGGGACAUUGUACCUGCACUGUGCUCCAGCCCCAGGGCAGGUGUGGGUCAGAUGGGCUGCAGGGGGAUGGGGUGCACCACCAUCGUCCCCCCAGCCCCACCACCCGGCCUGGGACAAGCCCUGCAGGUUCCAGACUCUCCUGGGGUCACCAGGCAGCAGGUGCCAUGGGCCCCAGCUGCUCUUCCCUUCUCCCCCCACAGCUGCAGGGCCCUUCCUGCCCCACCGAAGGCUCCGUGGGUGUUUUACACACCGGGGGGGGGAGGGGCAGGCAGAGCUGCUGGGGCAGCAGCUGGAUCGGGGCUGGGUGCUGGUGCCCCUGCUGCAGGUUUUUUUCGCCGUGCCUGGGCAAGUGAAGGCAAGUGAAGAACCCCUUUGUUGUGAGCCCCUGAUGUUUCCCUGGGUAAA